AUGACGACACACUUCGAGCUACACAAUGUCGUCUACCAGCUGCAACAUGGUGUUAGACACGGUCGAUCUUGUGAGACACAGUUGCUUGAGCUUACAACUACUCUUCAAGCAAACCUUAACGCGAGAGCGCAGACAGAUCUUGUAAUCAUGGACUUUUCAAAGGCCUUUGGCAAGGUCUCCCAUAACAAGCUCCUAGCAAAACUGAACUUCUACGGUGUACGAAGUGAUAUUUUGCAUUGGAUAUCGUGCUUCCUUGGUAGUCGUCAGCAGUGGGUUGUAGUCGAGGGAAAACAGUUCCCAUACCUCCCAGUCCUCUCCGGUGUUCCUCAAGGCUCCGUUAUCGGCCCAAUCUUGUUCCUUGUGUACAUAAACGAUCUUCCGGAAUACGUUCAAUCCAAUGUACAUCUCUUUGCUGACGACACAAUUAUGUAUCCAGCAAUUCACUCAGAAGAUCA